GACGAGGUAAACAGAAAGUCUGCAAACGGCCACUACCGAUCAUGCGAGAACGAUAGCACUCACGCCCGCAUCGCCAUGUCGACCAGCAACAUACUCCAGGUCCCGUUUCGACGGACACAUGCUACACAGCUGUCAGAUGCAAUCAAGGUCCAGAUUGGUAACAAGUUUGACCAACAUCCUGACUUAUUCACACGCGACCUGGAGAUCGUCGACCAGCUGCGCAAAGAUGCCGUCAACGCACUCGAGCCGCACAGUAGCGGCAUCAAGAAGCUGCAAGCGUACGCUGCUCAGCUCGUAUGGCUGGGCGGCAAGUUCCCAGUCGAUAUGGGUGCGAAUUUCACCUGGUAUCCUUCCCUAGGCUACGACACGAAUCGAUCUCAUACCGAGAACAAUAUCCGCUUCGAACUUGCCAACGUUCUGUUCAACCUCGCUGCCAUGUACUCGCAAAUAGGACUUGCCUCGAAUCGUGCCACACAGGACGGGCUGAAAAGUGCGGCGAAUAGCUUUUGUUUUGCUGCUGGCGUCUUCCACCAUCUCAAAGAGAACGUGAUACCAGACAUGAAGACUGCGCCUCCGGAGGACAUGGACACCGUUACGCUUGAGGCACUUGAGGCUUUAAUGUUGGCCCAGGCUCAGGAAUGCUUUUGGCAAAAGGCAGUCAAAGAUGGCAUGAAAGAUGCGAUCAUCGCCAAACUGGCAGCAAAAGUCAGCGAUCUAUACAGCGAUGCGAACGAGUGGAGCUUGAAGACCAACAACAUACGCAGCGAGUGGAUACAUCAUAUGAAUGCGAAGCAUCACCAUUUUGCUGCUGCCGCACAGUAUCGUGCAGCUUGCGACUGUUUGGAGAAGAGAAAAUAUGGAGAAGAGGUGGCACGGCUACGCGACAGCCUGAACUGCGUCAACAUUGCUAUGAACGAAUCCAAGUGGGUGAGCAAGCUGGUACUUGCAGACCUGAACGGCUUGAAGAACAGGGUGUCAGAAGACUUCAAGCGAGCCGAAAAGGAUAACGACACCAUCUAUCUGAUCCCCGAGCCACCAAAGAGCGAGCUAAGGCCGCUGGAUCGCGCGAGCAUGGUGCAAUCACGCGUGCCGAAGGAAGUGUCGAAUUCGCAGGAGAUGCUGGGCGAGAAGAGUGAGCUUGGCAAGCCGCUUUUCUCGAAGUUGGUACCCUAUGCUGUACACGUUGCUGCCUCAAUAUACUCGGACCGGCGAGAUCGAUUGGUGAACAAUACGAUCAUCGCGGAGCUGGACGCUUUGACUUUGAGGAUCCACGAGUUGCUUUCGAGCUUGAACCUUCCAGGAUCGCUACAAGCACUUGAGAAACCCCUUGGGCUACCACCGGCGUUAGCGAGCCAUGCUGACGAAGUGCGACAAUUUGGAGGUGUGCAUCGUUUGCACAGUACCAUCGCAGACACAGAAAAGCUGAAAUCCAACAACCGGGCAUUAUAUCAAGAAGGCAUCGACCUCUUACGCACCGAAGCAAGCGAAGACGAAGCUGCGAGGAGGAAAUACGGAACAGAUCGAUGGGCUCGUCCGGCAGGAAGCGAAGCUGGGAAGAAGCUCUACGAUCAGAUCAGUGCUAUUGAUGGCUGGCUGAAAGCUGCCGAUACCACAGAUCGGACUGUGCUCAACAGGCUUCGCGAAAAUGAAAGUCUGAUACGACUCCUUGGCGGCAGCAAUCGUGAUCUCGAGGACUAUGUUCCCUCCUCGCGUCGAGCCACAAUGACAGCAAAGGUCGAACGAGAAGCAAACGCACUUCGAGCAACACUGAAUGAGGUCUCCCGGCUGGAGUCAAGGCGAAGGAAGAAGGUUGAGGCUUUGCGAGUGAAAGUCAAGGAAGACGAUGUUCAGCCUGAGCUUCGCGCGGAGUCUAAUAAACUAGAGCGCGAAUUUCCGAUGAUGCCGAUUCAGGCCUCACAAUUCGAGAGCCUGUUCGACGAGCGACUCAAGAUGUACGACGUCGACCAAUCAUCCCUGAAAACGGAAGAGCGUGAACAAGAUGUCUUGCUUCAGCGUGUCAAAGAUGCAAACCAGUCCUUCCAAAACGCUAAGCGAGGCGACAGUAGUUCCAAGGAACGAGAAGAAGCUCUUCAAAACCUGGAGAAUGCUUACACUGCAUACAAGGAGAUCAUGAAGAACCUUGAAGUGGGACGGAAAUUCUACAAUGACCUCAGUGGUAUUACCAUGAAGUUCAGAGACGAAUGCCGAUCCUUCUUCGCGCAACGACGUAGCGAGGCAUCGAACCUGGAGUCUGAUGUCUCCGAUGCUCUUGCCGGUCUGCAGCUACAGCAGACCACGCAAGCCAGCCUGUUGCAGGAGAGAGCGGCCGAGGCUGCGUCACGACGCGGCAGUGUCCAGCCUCAUCCACCUGAAGACGCUAUCCCGGCUCCAAUACCCCAGCGUGUCUCCGCGCAACCGCCUCCUGUGGCCAAUGUACAGAGCCCGGUGCACGCCGUUCCGGCGAACCAGACGUGGAACGAGAACAUGCCGAUCGUGUUUGGGGGAGGAUCUGGAGCAGCACAGGGCAAAGCAGCGCAGACUUGGGAUCCGAGCAAAGGGCUACAAUUCGCGAAGAAGUGAUCGAGGAGGCUAAUCGCUGUCUUCGAAAGAUGUGAGAGAUCAUCUUUGCAAUAUGUAAAUAACGAGCGUGCUUCGGCACUUCUUGCCACAUGCUCUCCGUCUAUCGCUGUUGGCUC